AGCGCGCUUGACGCGAUGUUACUAUGCAGUAUACUGCGUGCAGCGUUAUCCGCGUCUUUUGGGACCGUCGUGCAGAUUGCAAUCUUCUUACUGCAAAACUCCAAUAUCUCCAGAGUGCUCGCGUCCAUGCCGCCAGGAGCCGAAGACGAGAUUAUUCUGAUCGAACAUCUACCAGGGCGGCGGGUGCAUCUGCAAGAUUUCUUCUGGACCGGUCUAGAAGAUGCGCCGUCAUGGGUAGAUCCCAAUCAGGGUUUAACAUUUUACGAGACAAAGACGAUCGUUCAUACUGUCACAGUUUACACUCCGAGCGACGAGAAAGGUCCAUCAGACCCUAUAUCGCCUCAUCGUCCAGAUACUUACAAUCCGGAAUGUAUUACGUGCAUAGAACCGACACCUAGGUUGGACGAUGAUGACGAUCAGAGUAUCGGAGUUCUUAUCGGAGAUGAUCCAGGUCCAAGAUAUUGGUUGUUGACGGUUCUUCGACCAGGGGAGACUGUGCCACCUAAAGUCGAGCUUCGUUUAGCUCGCUUAUAUCGAGCCGCAUUUUCCAGACAACAACAACGUCACCUUGGUCUGCUAUCGACGGAUCCACGAUCUCGAAGAGACGCGUUAUUACGUGGCUUAGUUGGUCGAAAGAUUGUACCGGAACGUUUUGAAACUUCGUCUCAAGUAAAAGUUCGUCAAGAAGAAAUUUCUGUCAGUGCAACCAAAGCUCAAUUAUCCGAAUUAAUCCAUCAUAAUUCGAAUGAUACCAUCGAGAAUUCAUCGAUUCACGAAAAAACCGAAACGAGCGUUUCCAAUUUAACCGACAACAAAUUGUAUUUUCCAAACGUUUCGCAAAUCAAAUCCAUGAGGCUGAUAGAAAUUCCCAAGCCGAAGACGAUGUUGCUGCCGACAUUCGAAGUCGACGCGAUGGACGAUCGCGAGAAACCUACAAAAGAGUUUGCCUUGAAAAAGAUCGUCAAAACUUUAAAAGGAAAUACGAGAUCUUUACCUUCGGACGAUGAACCUAGAACUAUCGAUCCAACAUAUUCCGAUGAAACUGAUCAUUCCAGCGAGCAAGUCCCGCAGGAAUUGAUGCCGACAUCCACAGAUUCGAAAUCCAACAAUGACGUCGUCUCCAGAAACCGAUCGAGCGAUGAAGAGAGUGUAAGUAUGCGCUCGAGGUUGCGUUUAGCGGAUGGAUCAAUUCCGGGGGUCGUAAAAGUCAGAAUGCAGAAUACGAGUGUUAUCGAAGGCGGUGCAAUGAGAUUAAUUUAUUCGGUUCAUCUGGACGAUAAGCCCGUUCCCGCUGAAAUGGCUGCGAGAGACAUGGCACUUCUCUCGCCCCAGGAGGUGGCUCUGGAACUUGGCGCACCAGUGAUUAUUCAAAGCGAGCCUUAUUUGAAGGAGAGUCGACCUCUGGCUCUAUCGAGGAAAAGGGACGCCUGGUUGCUGAUCGGUGCAGCUAGCGCGGGUGUCGUUCUCCUAAUUUUGGUUCUCACUGGUUUAAUCUUGGCUGCCAAAAGAAAGAGAGCACAUAGUGCUGUCGUUGCGCCGCCAAACAAAAGUAUCCUGAAAAAGGAACGGGAAUAUACAACUACGACACCUGGUCUCGAUAACGCUGCGUUUUCAACGUCGGAAACCGAAAUUAAGACGGACGGUACCAGUCAGCGGCAAACUCCACGAACUUUGUCCAGAACUCCGAUCACCCCCGACACGCCCGAUAGUUUAGAACUGGGCAUUCACGAAGUUUCUAGCGACGACGACGAAGAACUGAAAAAGACUCGCGGUUCGACCCCUUGGGGUACUCAAGAACAUCCAGCUAAGAAAGCAAGAACAUCGCAUGCAAAAAUGAUAAGAACAAAUGCAAUGGACCAACCCAGGACACCGGAUUCGUUGGACACAGUGACCGACCACGUGGAGACAUUGGAAUCAUUGGAAAAUGGUUACGUAAAACGAGAGGAAUCUACCGCUUCACCGCGAUCUUACUUGUCAAUGCCAUCGUGCAAACAAUUUCCUAGCAUGCGUAGCGUGGAACCGCUGUCAAGAGUGCUAGAACCCGUCAUGGUCAGACACUUGGACAUCGAUUCUCCGGAAUUAGUACGCCGCGAUAGAGAUGGCAAUAUUGACGAUACAUUUCUUGCGAGAACAUCGAGUGCCUCGAAGGAUCCUGGAGCUGUAGGACCAAUUGUUUGGAAUCUUAGCAAGCAGUUGUUUUCGACAGAAGACUCAACUUGCCUAAAGGUAACGGUACGUCCGAAACGGAUGUCGAUGGAAUGUACCAUCUACCAUCGGGACCCGUGGGUCGCGCCAGGAGGAGACUCCACGAACUCCUGGAGGACUCAUUCAGUCUCUUCGGAAGUAGAGAUGUCAAGAUCAAAGAGCCGCAGCAGCCGCAAACGUCACAACCGUCGGCUUCCUUUGCACGUACGGCGGAUACAUUCGCGAUACUUUCGGAGACGAGAGGCAAAUCCGCCCACGUCAGGUACAUAUCCUUCCUCUACUUCUUGUUCUUCUUCUUCUCACAGUCCAGUAGCAACGCCAACGAUGGAAAUCAAAACACGACCACGUACAUCAUUACCACGUAGGGAUCUUGACGAGGAUAUUCCAGAGACAGGCCAGGCUGAAAUUCAUUCACGUAGUGCCUGGGGUUCAAGGCCGCUUAGCGCAGGUCCAUUCCAUAGACCGAAUUUACCGGAAGUGGAAACUAGACGUAUAUUGGCAGACAGCAGACUUCCACCGGAAGAUCCUGCGGUACCUUUAAUCGCGUCGAUCAAGAAGGAACUCGAAAAGUUUUCUCCUCAUCAUCAAUAAAAGGUAAACAGGGUGCGAUAGAUACUCUUGCUUAAAUACUCUCGCAAAGUGAUACGUCAAUUUUAAGAAUCAAAAGACGAAAAUAUGUAAAUAUUUGAUAAACUUUUGUCAGAAAAUUUUCUAACUCGACGUUGAACCUUUUUCAUCAUAAUGUGAAGUAAAAUCAUAUUUCGUACGUCAUAAUAAAUGCGCGAAUAUUUCGCAGAAGAUAAAUCAUUCUGUUUCAAUGCUAUAAAGAGCAAAAAUUGUGCCACUAAAUUUGGCUUAUUAACCAAUCACUGUAUAUAUAUCAUAUUGAACAAGUCACAUGUAGAAUAUAUAUAUGUAGAAUACAUUUGUAAUCUUGAUACAAUCAUAAAUAAUUAGUUUAAUUCAUAUAAAAAAUUUCAAAAGAUUAAUUCUUUUGUAACUGCGAUCCGU